CUGCACUACGGGACCCUCCUGGGCAGCAGAGCUUGUGCCCACAUGGCAGCAGCUGCCUGGGCCAGUGCCUUUCUCAAUGCUCUGGUACACACAGCCAAUACAUUUUCCCUGCCCCUGUGCCAUGGCAAUGCCCUGGGCCAGUUCUUCUGUGAAAUCCCACCCAUCCUCAAACUCUCCUGCUCACACUCCAAACUCAGGGAACAUGGAAUUAUUGUGGUCAAUGUCUGUUUAUCAUUUGGCUGUUUUGUGUUCAUGGUUUUCUCCUAUGUGCAGAUCUUCAGGGCUGUGCUGAGGAUCCCCUCUGAGCAGGGACGGCACAAAGCCUUCUCCACCUGCCUCCCUCACCUGGCCGUGGUCUCCCUCUUUGUCAGCACUUCCAGUUUUGCAUACUUGAAGCCCCCCUCCAUCUCCUCCCCAUCCUUGGAUCUCGCCCUGUCAGUUCUGUACUCGGUGGUGCCUCCAUACGGCCUUAAACUGUGUCAGUGA